AAUCCUGAUUAAAUAAAUAAAUAAUCGAGUUUAUAAUUAAUUAACAAACGCAAAUGCUGUUUUUGUCUCUCUCUCUCUGUAUGACAGAUCGGAUGAACAGUGAAACUAGGAGGAUGAAGAAGAAGAAGAAGGAAGGAUUGGGGUGGAUGGAGUGGAUCAGAGGAUGGAUUUGCGUGUUCCACGAGUUCCUCUUCCAGAGAUUCAUGUCUUCUCAUUUGCCCAAUCCACUUCCUCUUCCUCCUCUCAAUCACUUAACCUGCAUCGUCACUGGCUCAACCAGCGGCAUUGGUCUUCAAACCGCUAGGCAGCUUGCAGAAGCUGGUGCUCAUGUUGUAAUGGCGGUUAGGAACACAAAAGCAGCUCACGAGCUGAUUCAGCAAUGGCAGAAAGAUUGGUCUGCUAAAGGCCUCCCACUUAACAUCGAGGCGAUGGAACUUGAUCUUCUCUCUUUGGAUUCUGUUGUCAACUUCAGCAAUGAGUGGAACGCUCGUUUAGCUCCUUUGCAUGUUCUCAUCAACAAUGCCGGCAUCUUUGCCAUGGGAGAGGAACAAAAGUUCUCAAAGGAUGGUUAUGAACAGCACAUGCAAGUCAACCAUUUAGCUCCAGCGUUGCUUUCCCUACUCCUUUUGCCCUCUCUUAACCGUGCCUCCCCUAGCCGAAUCAUUAAUGUCAACUCCGUUAUGCACUAUGUGGGUUUUGUUGACCCGGAUGACAUGAAUGUGGUAUCUGGAAGAAGAAAGUUUACAAGUCUUGUAGGAUAUUCGGGCAGCAAGCUUGCACAGGUUAUGUUUAGCAAUGUUCUUUUCAAAAGGCUGCCUCUGGAUUCUCGCAUAAGCGUUGUUUGUUUGUCCCCAGGGAUUGUUCUAACAAAUGUUGCGAGGGACUUGCCGAGCUCUGUUCAAGUUCAAUACGCAUUGAUACCUUAUUUCAUCUUUUCGCCUCAAGAAGGCUGCAGAAGCUCACUUUUCUCAGCGACAGAUGCUCAGAUUCCGGAGCACUGUGAAAAGCUAAAAACCGUUGAUAAGCCCAUUUGUACAUUCAUAUCUCAAGACUGCAAACACACAAAGCCUUCAGAAGAAGCUCAGAGCGUAGAAACAGCAAAUAGAGUGUGGGAAAAGACGGUAGAGCUGAUCGGUCUUCCUCUUGAUGCGUUGGAGAGGCUUAUAGAAGGACAAGCGGUGCAAUGCCGUUAUGGAGCUCAUCAAGAAUAAGUCCUUCUCACAAGUUUAUUACAAUGCGAUAGCUUCUUUACACCUCUCUCUCUCUCUCUCUCUCUCUCUCUCUCUUCUUUUCUUCAUUUUUGUACUUGUUAGAAGCUUCUAGAACUUGACCCCAAAGCUCCACUAUACUACACUAAACACGUUCUAAAGAUGAAGGAUCGGCCUCAGGGAGUAGCUUUCGUAUUGUGCCAACAUAAGAACACAUUUUCUCGUUAAUUUUAAGUCUUCGGUUGUGAUAACAAAGCCUAAACUAGACCUGAGCAUUCGGGGUCCCAAUCGGUUGUGAUAACAAAGUUCGGUUGUGAUAACAAAGUUCUCGAGGUUGGAUGGAUAUUCGAGUAGCAAA